CUCAAUCGAGAACCAUUCAAUCAUAAAAUUUUUACCACAGAACUAUAAAAUAGAACCAGUAAAAGAAAUAAAAUCCAGUUUCCUAGAGGGUUUACCAAUAAUUGUGAGUUGAUGGAUUCAACCGUGCCCACUCCUCGGCUCUCUUUCCUCCAAAAACGCGCACUCGAAAGUUUUAUGAUCCCACAGCAUGCUCUUCAACGCAUGUGUAGGUACCUACUCGUCGGAGCUGUAGAGGUUUAAAAAAAACAACGUUUUGUUUAUGCUUAACACGUUUUCUCGUCUCAGGUUUUCUCCGCACUUUUUGUGCUUUUCUUGGCAGCGCGCACAUUCACCACUACUUCGAGAAGACGAAGACGACGACGAUGAUGGGACGGGACGAAACGGAACGGAACGGAGAAGAGCAAGAAAGAGAAACACUCCAAACUGGAGAGGAGCUGCGCGCGCUCAAGCUAAGCCGAUGGAUUUUCAAACCCCGUGCGCUCGCUCGAUCGGUUCGUUUUCCGCUCUCUUGUCGGUGGUGGCGGCCAGGAGGAGGCGAUCAAACAAACGGUCAGGCAACUUCGAACGGGCAACUUCUGCUGCAGGUAGUUCGGGCUUCUCCGUUCGUUGGGUUGGGCGGAUUGCAGCGGUCUUGCGCGAUUCCUAAAAGGGUUUUCGGUUCGUCGGAUUGUCAUUCUUGCCGUGUUUAGUGACAAUUUUUGUUAACUAUUGCAGCGAAGAAGUCGAUCGUUUCUGCGAGUUUCGAGAAUUUGCAACGCGCGCGCGUUCGGGUUCGUGUCCUGCGGAAUCGUUGAAACACUUCUGGACGAGAAAGUCACCGACUUCGGUCAAGAACGUGACGGAUUCAGCAGAACUUCGUUCGCACUUUGUGGGAGUGUAAGUGGCCGUAGAUUUACGAUCAGUGUUGAAAACAAGUACGAUAACAAGUCGUUAAAAGAGUUUGGAGUUUGGUGUUUGGAAAGGAAGUGACGGAAAGGCAAUUAAAAUCUUCGUAAAACUAGUGUUUUUGGGCUGCCGAGAAGUGCUUUCUCGAAGAAAAAGUAAGUGAAUGCUGUCAAUCGCAAGAUAAAAAGAAGAUUAAACCAAGUGGCUUUGCAUGUUGUGUGGAUAAGCGGAGCGCCUAGCAGUUCCAAGUGUGAGUUAUAUUCUUGCACUAGUGUGCGUGUGUGUGCAGCAUGCUAAGCUAAGUCGUGCAGCGCUAAGCGCCUUUCGGUUACACAUAAAUGCGACACACUGGCGAAGCAGAGCAGGAAGAGAAGAGUGUCAAAGUGAGUCAAAAACAUCAACAAAGUUCGGAGCAAUAAAGGUGGUCUGCUUUCAAGUGGAUCUGUGUGAUCUUUCAAAUUCGUGCGAAGAAAAGUGUAAGAAAUCGAUUGGUUUUAAGCUGCCUUGUGUGAAUGUGGUGGGAAUGGGAGUGUGAGAUCUAUCAAUUCGGAUAAAGUGGAGUCAUAUGGUUGUCACAGCGUUUCAAUUGGAUUACGUUCGAGUUUGCCAGUUCCAGCGAGUAGCCAUCGGAUCAACCAGUCAACCGUUUUCUAAAGAUAACCCAAUCGUGACUAUGAAUUGGCUUUAGGAACAUACCGGUCUUCAUCUACAUCAAUCAGGUUUGUACCACCAUUUUAUCCAACAAAUUCCGCUUCUGGAUACUGCCCAUCAACCCCUGACCUUCAGGAACUUUUUCGCCCCAAAGUCAUCACCCGUGGCAGCAUUAACGAACGUGAAAGAAAGUUACCCGAAGAAUGUAUCACACGUCGUCUACCGCGUCGCUGCCGUCGUCAUCCGGAACACAUGCUGCCACAUUGCCAAGGCCCUCCUCCAGUGGUCAUCGCCACCAACAACACCAUCAGUAUCAUCUGCCACCCUAUCCCCAUCAACAGCAGCAGCAACAACAACAACAACAGCACUUCUAUGCCGGACCGGGGACAGUCUCGUCGUCGUCCAGUACGGCGCUACGGGUCACCCUACCGCACUCAUCGUCAUCGAGCUCAUUAUCGAACCUUGUGGGAGUCGAGGCCGGCGAAGGUCCGCACCACGCCAGACUGAAGAAGAGCCACAAUCAAAAUCAGCAACAGCAAAUUUUUCAAGAACCGUAUCACCAUCAUCAGCAACAACAACAACAGCAACAGCAACCGAGGCCAGUUGUCUACCAGAGUGGGCAACCGAGUCAGCAACAACCGCUAAAGGCUGGGCCGAGACCCACUUACGGUGCCUAUACGAAUAACACUUUACCGCGGGGGCCUUAUCUUCAGUAUAAGUAUAACAAUAUUAGCAGUAUUCCAGCGGACGCCGGGCCGCCUCCAGCACCGCAACCACCGCCGCAGCAGCCGCCGAGCACUGACAAUAAUAGCGACGCCCGGUUCGACCUUCAGUCCAAGCAGAUCGAGGCCCUGCGCUCGGAAUUCCUAGAACUGGCUGCCACCCAGGCCGCCGGAGGUCGAACGACGACCCAGCGGAAACAGCAACCGGCCGGCGAGGACCGGGACUCGCUCCGGAGCACCAGGUCCGGUACUUCGACCGCUUCCUCCACGGCCACGGCCGCCACGGCCAUCGUGGGCACCGUCGGGACCUACCAGCACCAUUUUGAACAGCAACAACAACAGCAAUUCCAUCAACAACAACAACAACAACUGCAACAGAAUCAACAAGGCUGUGCUAGUAAUAGUAGUAGUAAUAGUAAUAGUAACAAUAGUAGUAGUAAACGGCACCACUACCAGCAGCAGCAGAACGUCAACUACCACUACCAACAUCGGGCGCAACCAUCCAGGCCGGCGUCGUCGGCUGGCAUGGUUGGUGGAGACGGAAGUGGAACGCUGAAUCGCGGAGGUGACGGAAGCGGACGAAGUCGAACCGGUCCGACGACGGUGGCGCCAUCGGCACCAGCGCCGGCUCCAGCGGCCACCGGGUACUGUCUCAGCUAUGUCACUCUGGCCGAUGUGGUGACCCUCAAACGGGUCAGUCAACCGGAGGGAUGGGCACUGCUGUGCCAGUCGGUGCAAGCGCUGCAGGAUCUGUUCCUGUCGGACACCCCGUCGAUAACGAAGGUCCGGCCGCUCAUUUCACCGACCGGGCUGCAAAUCACCACCCGCGGGCGGGCCGUGUUCAACAUCGUACCGGUGAGUCAACCCCUGACGGAGGUGGUGGCGGCAGCCAUGUCGACCGGAUCCGCUGCAGCGGCGGCGGCAGGAGAGAAUCACCCUGUGCUGAUGCCACCGUCGUACGUCAACCUGAAGAGCUACCUUUCACCGGAGUAUGUUAACUGUUUGGGGAAGAAGCCGAACUUUUCCGAGUCCGAUGUCGAGAAGAUGUGGAUCUACUCGCUCGGUGUAACGCUGCAGAAAACUAUUUCAUCAUUUUCGGUCAACUAUCAUCAGCAUCAGCAGAAGCAGCACCAGCAGCAACUACGAAACGAUGCCGAUGGACGACGUAGUGCUGCCGGAACAGUAACGCCAACGGACGAAGACGGAUUGACCGCGCUGGACCACGUGAUCCUGGCCAUGUGCGAAGCGAACCUGUACAAGCGGGCCAGUCUCAUGUUUCUGCUGGAUAUCAUUUCCGACUACUGCAAGAACCACCAUCUGUACAAGCCGUUCUCGCACAUGGUAAUCGACCUGUUCAAGGAAGUCGUAUCGUCCGUCUCAACGCGGAUAGAAGUAAAACAACCGAAGCAGAUGACCGAGUCUUACGAAGAGCAAAAAAGCGACACCGAUUCCGGUCGCAGCUCGGAUCACGGUGAACUGGAAGUUCACCGCAGACGUGACGUCCACCAACAGGUGCCACCACAGUCGACGACGGACAACUACGGCAUCACCAUCAGCGGUCACGAUCUGGAGCAGGCCCGUUACUUCGGUUCCACCGCCAACCUGCGGGUUAAACGUGCCGAACCGGAUGAGAACAAGUUCCGAUCGUUGCCCCGGCCAACGGAUUCCAACCGAUUGGAACCGGUUCGGAACUACGCCACCAUUGGGUACUCGAAGAGCAUCCGUGCUGGUGCUGGAACUGGAACAGGAACGGAAGGAGAUCCCAAGAAGCUGCACGUGGUCCGCAGGAGACACAACGCGGAGAUGAUGAGAAAGAGGAACGACGCCCGGAGGAAUACGAUCGACGUUACGAUGGUCGAGGUCAAGAUGGCGGAGGUACAGAAGCAAGAGAGAAUGGGACGGCUGUUGCGCAGCCAAAGCCGGCUGGUUCCGUCGAAGUCGACGACUCAGCUGAACCUGCUCGACGACGGGGCAAGCGAUUUCCAUCGGAAGAUUGACGAGAUGAGCUUCAACGCUACAUCGAUGCCUAAUCUCGGAGCCCCAAUGGUAUCGGUGCAGCAGAUGAACCCCCUGUUCGUGGAAAAGCACAGAGACAAUCUCUCCUAUGGACGAUCCAACAGCCGAGUCGAGUCGUUUGACGACCCCAGAAGUACUCCCACGGAAGCCAGUCAAGGGCCGGAGUUCGUACGGAAUGCCUUUACGCCCCCAAAGGUCAUCGACCUUACGGAUUCUAAGACUCAACACCGCCGUACAGUAACGAUUCUUCUCCUGAACGGAACCAAAGUGAACGUCAUCUGUAACCCCACGACCACCGUAGCCAAACAGGUCUUCGAGGCCAUCCUUAAGCUGGAGAAACUAUCGGAGAACUUCUUCCUCGGGCUGUGUGCACUGAUCGGAGGUGACUUUGUCUUCCUUCCACAUGACCUAAAAGUCUACAAGGUUGCUCCCCAAAUCUGGGUCAACACAUCGAAGAAAACCGCCACGCUUGGUGAAAAUGUAGUCUUCACGCUCUAUCUGAGGCUAAAGUUCUUCCUGCCGACGUUACGAGGCGUUAGCUGCUCGGAAUCGCGUCACCUUCUGUACCUGCAGCUGCGCAAAAGCAUCCUAGAGAGACAGAUUCUCUGCUCGGAAGAUGACCUCAUUGCGUUGGGUGGACUCGCCCUGCAAGUGGAAGUUGGAAGCUUCAAAGAGAACAUGAAAUACACCGAGUACUUCACCAUCUCGCAUUACCUCCCGGAAGAAGUCUACCGCAAGAAGAAGGAGCUGGCCAAGUACCUGCGGAGUUCACACUUCUGUAAACGUGGACUACACCAGCUAGAGGCUGAGCACAAUUUCAUCCGUUACGUACAGGAGCUUAAAGAGUACGGCCUGCAUUUGUACAGUGCCACGUGGACCACGGAUGAGGGAAUGACCCUAGAAGUGUACGUGGCGAUAUCGUUAAGUGGGGUGGCCAUCUUCGAACGGAACCUGAAGUACAACUCGAAGGGCGUGCAGCAGCAGGAAUUCAACAGCGGGAAGAGUGCCUACCAGAGGCAUCUGUAUGCGUUCUUCGAUUGGCUGGAGAUUGAGAACAUCUGUUUCUCGAAGCACGUGUUCUGCGUGGUGGUUCGGCGGACGGAGAGCUUGAACCCGAAGGACAAGAGCCGGGUCAAGUACAAGCUGCGCAUGGAUGGAAGAAAGAGCUACUUUGCCUUCAACCUCGCUUCCGAGCACCACAAGUUCUACAUGAAGCUGCGCAACUCGUUCGUCUCGAUCAAGGCCCUGUCGAACGAGCUGAACAUCCCCAUUUCGGAGCCGACCCGCGUCGGCCCCAGCCCGGUUGCCGUCGAUCCUUCCAAACCGCAGUUGAACGUAGCCGACGUGGACGACAAAGCAGCCUUCGACGCCAAACACGUGGACAAGAUCGACAAACCGCUAAAAUCGACCGGCCUUCGGGUGCGCAACCUGAAGAAAUCCAUGCUCAACGACAACCGGCUGGCUAAGCUGCGACAGAAGUUCCUUAUCAAGCGUUCGAAGUCUUCGGUCGAGGGACCAGCGCCGGCGCUGAACCAAUCGGUCGAGAUCGCCAACCAGCAGAACCAGAACAAGGAGAACGAGAACCCGGAUUCGGCCGGGAUGAGCGGAGUCAGCAUGUCGCCGGACUGUUCGCCAAAGACGUCGCACAGCGUCAACAGAAACCGGGUCAAGAUGGGAACGCGGGUCUUUUCGGCGCAGUUUCUGAACAAGUCGUAUGAUAAUCUGUACGAGCAAGCUGGCAUCGGGAGUGGAGCGUUGAGUGGGGCGAACUCGAUACAGAACUUGGCGAACAGUAGUUUCAAUGAGGAUGAUGAGCUGUUCGUGGGGUAUGAGAAGGACCCGUUGAUGAUCGAAGGCAGCGUGGAUGAUGCCAUGUCGAUGAAGAGCAGUAUGGGAUCGGUGUAUUUUAUGGAGAAGCUAGAUAGAAAGUCAAUGGGAGCGAGUGAGGAGACGUUGUCACCGAAGGCUUGUGUGAUACAAUCGAGCAUACGGAGUGAGAGUGGACACUUUGAGCUGCCGAAUGAGACUAUUUCCGACACGUUGCUGGAGAAGUUCGACAACCUGAGCUGCAGUGCAGCGAUCAACGAUCGGAUCUUGACGUCGGUGGUGGUGGUCAAGGAUUUCAUCAACCCCAAUGAGAAGAGGAGUCAAGCGGCAGAGGCUAAGGCGGGCUUGUUGGCAAGGAAGCGGUCGUUUUUGUCGAGGAGUCAAGAAUCAGUUCUGUUUAGGAAAGGUGAUCCAAGGUUGAAGGCUUUUGGCGGAGACGAUUUAAGUUCCGACGGAGGGAUAGCAGACUGUGAGGGCAGCAGUGAGGACGGUCAAGGAGCGAGGUAUACGUUGGGAAUCAGUAUCGUUCAGGGAUCGGACAACAACGUCUACGUGAAGGAUUUGGUGCCAAAUGGACCGGGUGCUAGGGCGGGCGUCCGAAUUGGUGAUCAGAUCAUAGCUGUCGAUGGCCGGUCACUACUGAACCUUCCCUACAACGAAUCUCUGUCGAUCCUGCAGAAUACGGGGCGAACCGUGGACUUGGUCUUAUCGCAAAUCUACGUACGUCCGGCGUUGAGUGCCAACACCCUCAACAUCCACCAGUCUACCAACAGCAUCAACAAGGUCUGCCAAGAAGAUCUGUAUCCCUCGAAACUGGAAGCAGUCCGGAUGGCCACGGCAUCCGUUGCCAAAUCGAACAGUUUGUACAUAAAGAAUGGUGCCCAAAGUAAUCCCCACCAACACCCGAAGAGGAGCCCGGUAGUCAGCGGGAAGACCUACGACGACAUCGGGAACCACUUCGAUGCGCUUCGGUCGUACUAUCAGCAGCAAAGUCAUGGUCAGCAGGACGAUCGGAAGGCGGCAGGCAGCCAUCAUCGUUACACCAAGAACGUUGCCGAUAUACUACGGACUAGGAAUAGGGUCAACGAAAGUUAUGGUUGUGCUCCGGUAGGGAUGCUGUCGCCUUCCAAGAGCAUGCCCGAUCUGCCAAAGAUCUUCCAGACCUACACCAAACCGACCUCGGUCAGUCCAACGUCCUCAAAUGGCUCCAGCGGAUCAUCCUCAUCGACCCUGUCGUACGGUUCCAGUCGAUCACAACCGAAAUCUCUUCCACCACCAAAAUCGAUGGGCCUCUCGCGCAAAUACACCGGCCCCAUCCGGUUUCCGGUGACCCCAGCCAAAGACUGCAUCCGGACCAUUCCGGCCCACCCGCCGGGCAAGAUCCAGCUUUCGCUGUCCAAUGCCUCCGAGGACGGGCAGGUGUUCAUCUAGGUUAGAGAUUACGCCUCCUGUUUCUCUUUCUCUUUGUUUAUCUACUACAAUACCUUCAAUAUCUUAAGCCAGUUUUGCUCCUAGUGCUGUCACACACGCUUUUGCGUCGUCGUUUUGUAUUUCCCCUUAGGCUUAGACAACGAGAGUUUUGUGUAAUAGUAGCUUCUAAGUAGAUAGGAUUUUGAGUGAUUAUGGCUGUUUGCGUUCGAAGCACACUUGAAUAUGGAUAUGCCGAGUUCAGUGUUGAAAUUUUGGUGAAAUUUCCAUAAUUUCGGUAAAAUUAAGUAAAAAAUAAUAAAAUUCUCUAAGAAUCGGAAAAAAGUUCUAAGCUUUGGGAUUUUUAUGAUAGCUUGAUGAAUUGUUUAGGAAAUUCUGACAAAAAAAUGUAUCGUGCUUAUCUAAAUUUACCAAAAACAUCAACACAGAACUCGGUAAUUCUACAACAAUUGUGUAAGCUUGUACAUGUACUCUUAUCACGCGCCGGUUUCAUCCAAACAGCAUCCCAUAGAGCUUGUAUUUAGCUUUAGUUCGUUAUUAAAUUAGUUAGUUACAGGAGUUUCAUUGCUCUCUUAUUCGUUAGUUUUUCAUAUCGCUCUUGUUCGCACAGACAACCAGCCGGCCAGCCAACAGUUACAACACGUUAGUUUCGUGCGUUUCGCGAAAGCAAGUUAAUCAUUAUUAUUAUUAAUUAAAAGUGGAAACUUUUCACGUCGAUUGAAUCAUAA